AUGCCGCUUCGCACGCCUCUUCCUCUAGACGACGUGGUCGACGGCUGGGGGAUGGAUGUCGUCCCGCUGGAUCCACCUCGGCCCAGAUCCGACGUCAGAAUUGACAGAUGGCCGGUUGCACGACCGGCCGUCGGGGAAACGACUGAGAAGGAGAAGAUCCGACAGACUGCGAACAGAAGAUGGAAGCCCGAGGUUGAGUUGCGGAAGGCGCGGAAUUGGGUCGCGGCGCAGAGCCAGGCGGUUGCGCAACGAGCGGGAGAGGCGUGGGGGAACGCGCAGAAGGAAUGCCGGGAGAACAUCGCGGGGAUGUGGAGCCGGCUGCAGGAAGACGGCGGGUUGAAGACCGUCAAACAUAUCUUCGCCGGAGCUACGGCGUCAGUUGUUGCCAGAUCUGCGGUGGCUCCUCUGGAGCGUCUGAAGCUAGAGUACAUGGUGUGUGGCGCUCAAGCGCACGUGCCGGAGUUAACCCGGCGGAUAUUUGCGCGUGAGGGCAUGAUGGGGUUCUGGAGGGGCAACGGCGUUAAUCUGCUGCGCAUCGUGCCGUUUAAGACGAUCAAUUUCGUCAUGUACGACAUUUUCCGUCAGAAGAUCCUGGAUCUGUCUAAGAAGACGGACGUCAAUAACGUUGAGCGGCUAUCUGCUGGAGCUGUUGCCGGCGUCAUCGCCACCUUCGCCUGCUUCCCGCUGGAUACGGUCCGGACGAGGAUGAUCGCGCAAGGCGGCAUCGCGUGCACCGAUCUGGUCGGCUGUCUAAGCGAGAUGAUCCGAUCGCAGGGAUUCUUCGGCUUAUAUCGAGGCAUCUGGCCUGCGGUCUACAGUAUCGCUCCAUCCUGUGCAAUUUUCUACGCAGCUUACGAUUUUAUGAAAACCACGCAUCUGCAAUCCCAGGAUAAGCCCAAGCUUCCAGUGAUAGACAAGAUCUCGUUCCUGCCUUCCGGGAAACUCGCCCUGCCAGGAGCUCCCUCUACCUCCCAAUCCGCCUCCCUAUCAGCUGGUCUUCCCUCUUUGGCCAAAGCCGACGGGUCUGCAUCGCAAGCGACAGAUGUAUCCGCGGUAGAGACAGACGCGGUAGAAGCAGCGGAGGUUCGGAAGGAGCUCGGUCCGAUGCGGACGCUGCUGUACGGGGCGAUUGCAGGGGUGGUGUCGGAGUUCGCUACCUAUCCUCUGGAGGUGGUUCGGCGGCAGAUGCAGAUGAGCGGUAUUGAGGGGUCCGUAGCGGUGGCAGGACAGAAGGCGGGAGCGAUGCGGGUGCUGAAGGAGGUGGUGCAGAGAGGAGGCUUCCCGGCGCUCUACGCUGGAAUGGUCCCUGGCCUGCUUCAGGUGUUGCCAUCCGCGGCAUUGAGCUACUGGGUAUACGACUUCCUCAAGCUACACCUCAAGGUCGACUAG